AUGGAUGAAAAACAACUUCUAGAAUUUCAAGAUUGUCUAAAAAAAAGUAAGAAAAUAAUAUCUUUAGUAGGUGCUGGGUUAUCUGUAUCCUCAGGACUUCCGAUAGUUUAUGGUACACAAGAACUUUAUAAAAAUUACAAUUCAAUAGAUUUAUCCACACCAGAUUCAUUUUAUAUUGAUCCAAGUCUAGUGUGGCAAUAUUAUUCAUAUAAACGAUAUCAAGCAUUACAAGCAUCACCAAAUAAAGGACAUAUUGCAUUAAGUAAAUUAUCACAUUUGGAUAAUAUCAAAUACAUUACAAUAACUCAAAAUAAUGAUGGAUUACAUGGACAAUCAAAUCAUGAUGAUAAUAAGUUAUUUGAAAUCCAUGGCAGUUUAUUUGAUUUGAAAUGUACUUCAUUUAUGUGUAAUUUUGUCGAUCAUAAUAAUUUCAAUCAUCCAUUAACUAAAGCUUUAGAAGGAAGUGAAAAUGAAUAUAUUGAAGGAACAAGAAAAAGGAAAAUCGGAGAAACGGAUUACAAUAGUGGUGGUACGAACAUCAGUACUACUUCUUUAUCACCACAAUUUACACCAGUAAAAUCAAUCCCAGAAAAAGACUUACCAUUGUGUCCUAUUUGUAAUGAAUUAUUACGACCUGGUGUGGUAUGGUUUGGUGAAUCUUUAUCUUUAAAUUUAAUUUCACAAAUUGAUAAUUUCAUAGAAGGCAAAGAUCCACUGAUUGAUUUGAUUUUAGUUAUAGGUACAAGCGGAACCGUGUAUCCGGCAAAUAGUUUUAUCGAAAGAGUUAAGCUUAAAGGUGGUAAAAUAGCUAUAUUUAAUAUUGAUAUUGAUGAAGAUAUUGUAAAAGGUAAUCAACCUGGAGUUUGGGGAUUUAAAGGUGAUGCUGCAGAGUUAUUGCCUAUCGCUUUAAAGCCUUUAAUUGGUGAAAUAUAG